GCGCUCUGGGCGGCCCGACUGAGCGCCUGGACCUCGCGCGCCUCGCGCCUCGCGCCGCAGUCGCAGCCGGCUUUUGUUGUCUCCGCCUCCUCGGCCGCCGCCGCCGCCACUGGACCACGAGCCGCCGCGCGCGCCGGGACCUUGGCUCUGCCCUUCGCAGACUGGGCUGAACGGGCCGACCGGCCGGGAGCGAGGGAGGCGCGCGCGGGCGGCCAGGGAGCCACGGGCCCCCGCCAUGGAGCUUCGGGCCAGAGGCUGGUGGCUGCUAUGCGCGAUCGCCGCGCUGGUCGCCUGCGUCCUCGGGGACCCCGCCAGCAAGAGCCGGAGCUGCAGCGAAGUCCGUCAGAUCUACGGGGCCAAGGGCUUUAGCCUGAGCGACGUGCCCCAAGCAGAGAUCUCCGGUGAACACCUGCGGAUCUGCCCCCAGGGCUACACCUGCUGCACCAGCGAGAUGGAGGAGAACCUAGCCAACCACAGCCGCAUGGAGCUGGAGACUGCGCUCCAUGACAGCAGCCGUGCCCUGCAAGCCACACUGGCCACCCAGCUGCAUGGCAUCGACGACCACUUCCAGCGCCUGCUGAAUGACUCGGAGCGGGCACUGCAGGAUGCCUUCCCUGGGGCCUUUGGGGACCUGUACACACAGAACACUCGGGCCUUCCGGGACCUGUACUCUGAGCUGCGCCUCUACUACCGUGGCGCCAACCUGCACCUGGAGGAGACGCUGGCGGAGUUCUGGGCCCGGCUGCUGGAACGCCUCUUCAAGCAGCUGCACCCCCAGCUGCUGCCGACUGAUGACUACUUGGACUGCCUGGGCAAGCAGGCCGAGGCCCUGCGGCCCUUUGGGGAUGCCCCCCGGGAACUGCGCCUUCGGGCCACCCGGGCUUUUGUGGCAGCGCGCUCCUUCGUGCAGGGCCUGGGUGUGGCCAGUGACGUAGUCCGAAAGGUGGCCCAGGUUCCUCUGGCCCCAGAAUGUUCUCGGGCCAUCAUGAAGUUGGUGUACUGUGCUCAUUGCCGGGGAGUCCCUGGUGCCCGGCCCUGCCCUGACUAUUGCCGAAAUGUGCUCAAAGGCUGCCUUGCCAACCAGGCCGACCUGGAUGCUGAGUGGAGGAACCUCUUGGACUCCAUGGUGCUCAUCACUGACAAAUUCUGGGGCCCAUCGGGUGCGGAGAAUGUCAUUGGCGGUGUGCACAUAUGGCUGGCGGAGGCCAUCAACGCCCUCCAGGACAACAAGGACACACUCACAGCCAAGGUCAUCCAGGGCUGUGGAAACCCCAAGGUCAAUCCCCAUGGCUCUGGGCCUGAGGAGAUGCGUCGCCGUGGCAAACUAGCCCUGCAAGAGAAGCCCCCAACAGGUACUCUGGAAAAGCUGGUCUCUGAGGCCAAGGCCCAGCUCCGAGACAUCCAGGACUUCUGGAUCAGCCUCCCAGGGACACUGUGCAGUGAGAAGAUGGCCAUGAGCCCUGCCAGUGAUGACCGCUGCUGGAAUGGAAUAUCCAAGGGCCGGUACCUGCCUGAGGUGAUGGGUGAUGGACUGGCCAACCAGAUCAACAACCCUGAGGUGGAAGUAGACAUCACCAAGCCUGACAUGACCAUCCGGCAGCAGAUCAUGCAGCUCAAGAUCAUGACCAACCGCUUACGUGGUGCCUACGGCGGCAAUGAUGUGGACUUCCAGGAUGCUAGUGAUGAUGGCAGUGGCUCAGGCAGCGGUGGUGGCUGCCCAGAUGACACCUGUGGCAGGAGGGUCAGCAAGAACAGCUCCCGGACACCCUUGACCCAUGCCCUCCCUGGCCUGUCAGAGCAGGAAGGACAGAAGACCUCAGCCGCCAGCUGCCCCGAGCCCCACGGCUUCCUCCCGCUCUUCCUCGUCAGCUUGAUCCUUGCAGCAGCCGGGCCCAGGUGGCGGUAACUGCCCCCUAGCCCCAAGGACUGUCUUGGCCAAAACAUGCAACAGACAAUAUUUAAUACCCUUGGGCCUUCAAGGCCCAGGGCAGGAUGAGGCGACAGUAGCUCUGAGUCAUGGGGCAGGGUGCGUGGGGUGCUGGCCUCCUGGGUCUGACUGCGCCUGUCACCCUAGCUUUUAAUUUUGUAUCAGGUCAGCUGCGAGCCAGUGUCCCCAAAAGCCAUGUAUUUCAGGGACCUCAGGGGCGCCUCUGGCAGCACACUCCUCCCUUGCCCUCCUGCACCACCCCCGAAGCUCAUGAGGCCUGCCAGAAGGGCGGCUGUUAGCCACAACCCAUUGGAGACCUCAAGUGAGUCUGUGCCUUCCUUUCCCGCCUCUUCCCACGGGGGACUCCCCACCAGACCCCAAGGGCCACAGAUGUCAGAAACCGAGGCCCAUCCCGCAGCUCCCCAGGAAGCCUGCCAGGGCUGCCAGUAUGUUGCUGCCCAGGCUCUGACAGGGCUUUCAAGUGUAUGCAUGAUACCUUCUACUCAGAAGAAACUCUGCGGCCAGGAUCCCCACACGCACCGGGCCAGGACCCUGUGCCACUGCGCAGCCCAGUGAAUGUGGGCUUCCUUGAGUGUGACAUAGGUGAGGUGGCAGCCGGCAUGGCCACACUAGGCUUAACGGCCACACUGCUUGAGGGUGUGUUCGGUCCCCUCAUGUGAGCUCACAGAGUCUGGCCUUGGGGGUCCACGUGAGGAACCUCACUUCAGGGGAAUAGCCAGCCACAUCUAGCCUCUAUCCCAUUUAUAAAGGUCUCCUGGCCACAGGGACGCUGGGUGGCUGGUGACACUUCAGCUCAGGGUCAAUGGGACCUGGUACUGCAGGUCAGGAGGAGGUCUGGGUCCCUUCCUGACCCAGGCAGCUCUGCAGGAGCUGGGGGAGCAAUGGCGGUCAAGGGCUUCUACAGACAUGCACAUUCGGACCCUCGGUGUCCUUGUCCACUGAGCGCUACGUCUCAGUCUUCCUUGACAGCACUGGAGAGGCUCAAGGCACCGUUUGGAUUCUGGUAUCCUCCUGUGGCCUGGAGAUCUGGGGUGGCUGGCACAGCUCUGUCUUCCCUUCCAGGGCUUUGGGGAUGCUGAGCUGCUAUAACCAGGAAGCCGGUGGUCCUGACAUGCAGAAGGCCUGGAAAGGCUGCUUACUGCUUUUUGUUUCUUUUGUCACUGGGUUAGGGAGGCUACUGCCAGCACAGUGAACCAAGGCCUGCCCAGUGGUCAGGAUGGGGACUCUCUGCGGUUGGUCCGUGGAUUGGUUGGGUCCUUGCCCUGAGCACACCCAUCCUGCCAAGCUCUGCUGGUGCCACUCGGACAAGAAUGGCAGGAGGCAGAUCUGGGCUUCAGGAUGAAGAGUGCCUGGGUGUCAGGACAGCAGCGCCCAAGCCAAGCUACUGUGUCCUUCCCCCACGAGGUUCUCUGUCACUCGGUGCCAGUGGAUAACGUGUGUUCUUUGGAGUCUUUGUAUGAAUUAAAGGCUGGAGACCUACA